CGCGAGCGCGUGCGCGAGUAUGCGCGCUACUGAGUGUGUCUGGCUGGGUUAGUAGGGUUGGCUGGGGCGGGCAGUAAAUAAAGGGUGGGGCCAAGAGAGGAGGAGGGAAAGCGGGACUGUGAAAGAAGCAAAAGCCUGGGUUGUAUCACAGUAAACCCGCUGGAGCUCAUCCUGUUUGGUCAGAGCGCUGCACCAACUCCCCCAGUUCCCUCUCUCCUUGGGUGUCUUCUUCCCUCCUUUUCUCUCUUUUCCUCACUGCACCCUGAACCCUCUACCCACUCCCCCACCCAUCACUUCUGCAUCUGACCAGAGGACGAAUGAGUGAGACGUUCCAGCAAAUCGAGGCAGGAACUUUCCUCAGCUGGUCUCUGGGCUCCAGGAGCGAAAUCCUGCUGAUUCUUGGAGGUAUGCAGCCCAUGGAGGAGGAGGAGGACGAGCAGUGAUGGGCUAACGACCCGUGCAAGAAGCCCCAAGCAGCUCAGUCUCGGACGCCCGCUUCACGCUUGUUCCCUCCACCUCGCUCUCCUGAGAGCAGAGAGCGCGCGGUGUGCAGACUCGGAACAUCCAGGGAGGAUGAGGCGGGGACCCAGCCCAAGUUGGGUGCAUCUUGCGGGCGUGAGGCCACGACUGUGUUUCGGCAUGAAUUAAGAAGCUUGGAAGAUGGAGCGCGGCACAGUCCUUAUCCAACCCGGGCUCUGGACCAGGGACACCAGCUGGACACUCCUCUAUUUCCUGUGCUACAUCCUUCCUCAGACCUCCCCUCAAGUGCUCAGGAUUGGAGGGAUUUUUGAAACUGUGGAAAAUGAACCUGUUAAUGUUGAAGAAUUAGCUUUCAAGUUUGCAGUCACCAGUAUUAACCGAAACCGAACCUUGAUGCCCAAUACCACAUUAACCUAUGACAUCCAGAGAAUUAAUCUUUUUGAUAGUUUUGAAGCCUCCCGAAGAGCAUGCGACCAACUGGCUCUUGGGGUGGCCGCCCUCUUCGGUCCUUCCCACAGCUCCUCCGUCAGUGCUGUACAGUCUAUUUGCAAUGCUCUGGAAGUCCCACACAUUCAGACUCGCUGGAAACACCCUUCUGUGGACAACAGAGACUUAUUUUACAUCAACCUCUACCCAGAUUAUGCAGCUAUCAGCAGGGCAGUCCUGGAUCUGGUCCUCUAUUACAACUGGAAAACAGUGACGGUGGUGUACGAAGACAGCACAGGUCUAAUUCGUCUGCAAGAGCUCAUCAAAGCUCCCUCCAGAUACAACAUCAAAAUCAAAAUCCGCCAGCUUCCCUCUGGCAAUAAGGAUGCCAAACCUUUGCUCAAGGAGAUGAAGAAAGGCAAGGAGUUCUAUGUGAUAUUUGAUUGCUCGCACGAGACGGCUGCUGAAAUUCUUAAGCAGGACUUGUUUGCUUUGGAUCUGGAACUCUACCGGUACAGUGGUGUCAAUAUGACUGGAUUUCGGUUGCUGAAUAUUGACAACCCUCACGUGUCAUCCAUCAUUGAGAAGUGGUCCAUGGAGAGAUUGCAGGCCCCACCCAGACCUGAGACUGGUCUCCUGGACGGCAUGAUGACAACUGAAGCAGCUCUGAUGUACGAUGCUGUGUACAUGGUAGCCAUUGCCUCCCACCGUGCCUCUCAGCUGACCGUCAGUUCCCUGCAGUGCCAUCGACAUAAGCCAUGGCGCCUAGGACCCAGAUUUAUGAACCUCAUCAAAGAGGCGCGGUGGGAUGGCUUGACUGGGCGGAUCACCUUCAAUAAGACGGAUGGCUUGAGAAAGGAUUUUGACCUGGACAUUAUCAGUCUCAAAGAGGAAGGAACUGAAAAGGCCUCUGGUGAAGUGUCUAAGCACUUGUAUAAAGUGUGGAAGAAGAUUGGGAUUUGGAACUCCAACAGUGGGCUGAACAUGACGGAUGGCAACAGAGACAGGUCCAACAAUAUCACAGAUUCGCUGGCUAACCGAACGCUCAUUGUCACCACUAUUCUGGAAGAGCCCUACGUGAUGUACAGGAAAUCCGAUAAACCACUGUACGGAAAUGACAGAUUUGAAGGAUAUUGCCUGGAUCUGCUGAAAGAACUGUCAAAUAUCCUAGGUUUCCUUUAUGAUGUUAAACUGGUUCCUGACGGCAAAUAUGGAGCCCAGAAUGACAAAGGGGAGUGGAACGGGAUGGUUAAGGAACUCAUCGACCACAGAGCUGACCUAGCAGUGGCCCCUCUCACCAUCACGUAUGUACGGGAGAAAGUCAUUGACUUCUCCAAGCCUUUCAUGACUCUGGGCAUUAGCAUCCUUUACCGGAAGCCCAAUGGAACCAACCCGGGUGUCUUCUCCUUCCUCAACCCCCUAUCUCCAGACAUUUGGAUGUAUGUGCUCCUCGCCUGCCUAGGAGUCAGUUGUGUGCUCUUUGUGAUUGCAAGGUUCACACCCUACGAGUGGUAUAACCCCCACCCGUGCAACCCUGACUCAGACGUGGUGGAAAACAAUUUCACUUUGCUAAAUAGUUUCUGGUUUGGCGUUGGAGCUCUCAUGCAGCAAGGAUCGGAGCUGAUGCCCAAGGCUCUAUCGACCAGAAUAGUUGGAGGAAUAUGGUGGUUUUUCACCCUAAUCAUCAUCUCAUCCUACACUGCCAACCUGGCUGCCUUCUUGACCGUAGAAAGGAUGGAAUCCCCCAUCGAUUCCGCAGACGACCUGGCCAAACAAACCAAGAUAGAAUAUGGGGCAGUCAGAGAUGGCUCGACAAUGACCUUCUUCAAGAAAUCAAAAAUCUCCACGUAUGAGAAAAUGUGGGCUUUCAUGAGCAGUAGACAGCAGAGUGCCCUGGUUAAAAACAGCGAUGAGGGAAUCCAAAGGGUGCUCACCACCGACUACGCCCUGCUGAUGGAGUCCACCAGCAUUGAAUAUGUGACACAGAGGAACUGCAACCUCACUCAGAUCGGGGGCCUCAUAGACUCCAAAGGCUAUGGAGUGGGGACACCUAUCGGCUCCCCUUACCGUGAUAAAAUUACAAUUGCUAUUCUUCAACUACAAGAAGAAGGGAAGCUUCAUAUGAUGAAAGAGAAAUGGUGGAGGGGAAAUGGCUGCCCUGAAGAAGACAGUAAAGAAGCCAGUGCUCUAGGAGUGGAAAAUAUCGGGGGUAUCUUCAUUGUUCUGGCUGCGGGACUCGUCCUUUCUGUGUUUGUAGCCAUUGGAGAAUUCUUAUACAAAUCGCGGAAGAACAAUGACAUUGAGCAGUGUCUCUCUUUCAAUGCCAUCAUGGAAGAGCUGGGAAUCUCACUCAAGAAUCAGAAAAAAUUAAAGAAAAAGUCAAGAACUAAGGGCAAAUCUUCUUUCACAAGUAUCCUUACUUGUCAUCAGAGACGAACUCAGAGAAAAGAGACUGUGGCGUGAUCCAAGAACACACCUGUAAAGAAGAAAAAGGCCAUGCCCACGACACAUAUUUGGAGGACAGAUUUCUGAGGAAUAUGAGAUAUGUUUCCACAUAUCUUUAUCCAUAACUCCAGUCAUGGAUAGAGGGAGAAGAAAUGCACAAUUUUUAAAGCUCACAUAGAUGUUCCUUGAGGAGUGAAACUGAUUCUUUUCAGAUGGAUUUGUAUGCACACUUAUUUUGAAUUUUUUCUUUUCCUCCAAUAAAUUGCUAUG